CAAGGACAGUUUGGUUGGGAACGCUGGGACCGAACCGCUCCACACUGCGUCUGUCCUCCCAUCGCUUGCUAACGCUGCCUACCACGGGACAUUUGCGAUUGGCUCACCGUCCCCGUCCUCCCUCCCCCCUGCGUGACUGCAUGUAAAUCCGGUCGGGACCGAGCCAGUAGGUGAGGUUGGGGCUGGUGGCUCCUGCCUCGGUGGCGCACACGAGACCCGCGCGCGGCCGCGUAGAGAUCGCUGCGCCCGUCGGAGCUGUCCACUGAGCCGUGGUGCUGAACUCGCUGCGCUCCUCCGUCUCCUUCCGACGCUAUUUUGAGAACGGAUUAACGAUCUGCCCGUCGGCUGCUUAUAGGUGCAAACUUCUCCUAAUCACGUCGCCCUCCUCUUCGUCUCCACAUCGGAAAUUACGCUGCACUCGCCUUGGAUUUGACGGGAGCGAGUUUGUUGAGAAGUGUUGCUCGGCUUCGCUCGCCACUAAUCUCGCUUGGAUUAUUCUCCUGGAUGGUUCACGCCUGGACACACAGGAAACGACCAAUGAAGACGGCCGAAUGGUGGUCGGCUGCCGUGGUUCUGCUGGGGCUCGCUGCGCUCGGCGCCGCCGGGAGGCCCAACAAGGAGGGAUUCGGGUCACCGCCCUAUCGACCGCUCGUGAGGUUCCGACACAAGCAGGACGGCAUCGCUGAGAGCUUGAGGAUAAAGGGUUUCAUGGCGCGUACCGACUUCCCGGGUCCGUGCGAACACAAGUACUGUGGCCUGGGGCGUCACUGCGUGGUGGACCACGAGGCCGGCCGAGGGGAGUGCCGGUGCUUGGAUCGCUGCAAACCGCACUAUAAGCCCGUGUGCGGCUCGGACGGGAAGCUGUACCAGAACCACUGUGAGCUCCACCGAGCCUCGUGUCUCAGAGGACACAAGAUCAGCAUCACGCACAGUGAGGAGUGCUUCUACAAAGAUGAUAACUGCAGACUAAACGACUACCAUCGGCUGAAGACCAAGAUUUUGGAUCUGCACGAUAAGCGAUACGUCGGCUCUAAUAUCCCCGGGUCCCACAAGGACAGCAUGCCUGCCAGGAAGCAACUGGUGGAUAUAAUGUUCAAACACUUCGAUGCAGAUAAUAACGCUAGAAUUGAUGCCAGCGAACUCUCCCAGGUCAUCAAGCAGGAAGGUCUGUCCAGGGACGUCUCCGAGUGCACGCUGUUCGACCUGCUGAAGUACAACGACGUCGAUGGCGACGAGCAUCUGACUAAAGACGAGCUGUAUGCAGCGUUUGAAGUCUACCUGCUCAACCUCCCCGAUGACCAGAAAGUGAGCGUCACCACGGUAACCGUUGGCCAGAGCACCGUGCUGACAUGUGCCAUCACUGGGGACCGGCGGCCUCCAAUUCUGUGGAAGAGGAACCAUCAGUACCUGAACUCCUUGAACCUGGAAGACAUCAGUAAUGGUUCUAAAUGUGUGACAUGUGCUUUGUCCCCACAGAUCCCGACACAGGACUUCGGGGAUGAUGGCUCGCUGUACAUCACUAAGGUGACCACAACCCACAUGGGCAACUACACCUGUCACGCUGACGGCUACGAGAAACUGUUCCAGACGCACACUCUCCAAGUGAACGUUCCCCCUGUGAUCAGGGUUUACCCAGAGAGCCAGGCGCGGGAGCCGGGCGUCACCGCCAGCCUGCGCUGCCACGCCGAGGGCGUCCCCCGGCCCCAGCUGAGCUGGCUGAAGAACGGCAUGGACAUCACCAGCAAGCUGUCCAAGCAGCUCACCCUGCAAGCCAACGGAAGCGAGGUGCACAUCAGCAACGUGCACUUCGAGGACACGGGCGCCUACACCUGCAUAGCCACCAACAAGGCCGGCGUGGACGAGGACAUCUCCUCGCUCUUUGUGGAGGAUUCGGCGCGAAAAACCCUGGCAAACAUUUUGUGGAGAGAAGAAGGUCUUGGCAUCGGCAACAUGUUCUAUGUGUUUUAUGAAGACGGCAUCAAGGUCAUCCAGCCAGUGGCCUGUGAGAUACAACGGCACAUUAAGCCCAGUGAGAAGCUCUUGGCUCUGCAGGAGGAGGUGUGCCCCAGUCCACCAGGAGAGGCAGCUCAGAGAUGCGUGUGGUCGUCGGCCGUCAACGUCAAGGACAAGUUUAUUUAUGUGACGCAGCCAACCUUGGACCGAGUGCUCGUCGUGGACAUCCAGUCCCAGAAGGCUGUUCAGACGGUCAGCACCGACCCCUAUCCUGUGAAGCUGCACUAUGACAAAUCUCACGAUCAGGUGUGGCUGCUCAGCUGGGGCGACAUGGAGCAGAACUUCCCCACUCUGCAGGUGAUCAACCAGGCCAGCGGACGCGUGUCCCACCACACGGUCCACACGCAGCCGGUCGGCCGGCGCUUCGACAGGGUGGACGACUUCUUCAUCCCUGCCUCCAGCCUCAUCGUUGGCCACGUCAGAUUUGGCCUCAUUCUUCAUCGAAAUGAGCCUGUCCUCCACAAGAUCGACCUGGAGACGACGUCCUACGUGAAAAACAUCAGCUUACGGGAGUAUAACUGCAUCCCCAAGUCCGUGGCCUACACCCAUCUUGGAGGCUACUACUUCGUCAACUGCAGGCCCGACUCAACUGGCGCCACCCAGCCGCAGCUCAUCCUCGACAGCGUCACCAACAGCGUCAUCGGGCAAAACGGCGACGUCACUGGAACGCCUUACGUGUCUCCGGACGGCCAUUACCUGGUCACCGUCGACGACAGCGACGGCCUGAUGAGAAUCCAGACCAUCUCGGAUCAGGGACAGAUCGACGAGCCCUUUGACAUUCACACCAACCUCCACCUGUCCGACCUGGCCUUCCAGCGCUCCUUCACUGAGGUCCACCAGUACAACGUGUUUGGCAGCUCCGGACGCCAGACUGACGCUCUGUUCGUGGAGCUGAGCACCGGCAAAGUCAAGAUGAUCAAGAGCUUGAAAGAGGCCACCAAGUCGUUCGAAUGGCCGUGGAGCAGUAGGAACAGGGUGAUGGAGGGCAGCGGGAUGUUCGGACAGUACCUCAUGACCCCAUCCAGGGAGUCGCUCUUCAUCCUGGACGGACGACUGAACAAGCUCAACUGUGAGAUCACCGACGUCCUGAAAGGCAACGUGGUGGUGUGGGUCGGAGAGUCUUAGGUCCCGACGCCAGGACCCAGUGGGCUUUGUUUUCCUUCAGAGGUACUAUUGCACUGAAUUCUGUUGCAGAUUCUUUAAUUUUGUGGGAGCGCGAUAGUGAAGACAGAUUCAGAAACCAAAUUGUCCAUUCGUACGUCCAUUGGAUGAAGAAGGAUCAUCCAAAAAGAAAGUGAGGGAGUAAUUGAUAGAUAUCGUCUUAACAGACAAGUUUGUUUCUUUUUCCGCUGGGUGGCUUGUCUUUGUCAACAAGUUGCUUGCUGGUAACAUUUUUCAGGAAUAUUACUAUGAACCCGUAAAUACAUUCUGUAAAACUCUACAUUACGAUUCACCGUCGGUUGUAUCCAGUGUGUGGGAAUCUCUAAACUAAACUAAUUACAUGUUAAUUGGCAGAAAUUGACCAUGUACAUGUCCAGAUUUACUGUGAUUUAAGUUUUUUUUUUUCAUCCCAAACUUUUCCUGUGCCUUCAAGGAAAAUUUCCCUUCAUCAGAGGAAUUAGCGUAAUUAUUCCCAGUGUGAAUGCAGACUACACCUCUUCCCUCGACCCCGACAUUCGUGGUGAGCGUGGUCCCAAAUCCACCGCUCUUGUCUACGCAGCCAACUCAGUCUAAUUAAAACGAGCCCUUGCUGUGAUCCCAUCAUGUUUGAAGUGAAGACUGAGAGACUGAGUAGUUCAUUAUGACUGUGAGCUCUGUAACCUUUGAUCUGAAAUUAUAACCAGCAUCGAAAGGUUUUGACUGUUUUUUUUUCCUCCUUUUUAGUCCAAAGCAGAAAUUGGAAGUCGGUGGCGAUGUUAGUGAAACUGUACCAGCUUUAUACAAUACACAUUGUGAAAUUUAAGUAUCAAACCUUAGGAAUGAGUCAAUAGAGCACUUGUGUGUGAAGAAAAUCAUAACUUAAGUAAAAAACUCAAAAAACAAAGCAGCGUCGUAGAGUAAAAUAGAAGGAAGUGUGGGAACAUCCUGCUCAUGUUUCUAGUGGGUGUUGUGAAGUCUUAACGGUGAGCUAGCACGCUGGGGGGUGGGGGAGUGGUGGUCGUAGUGAGUAGAGGGCCUUCGAGGACGCGAGUAACCACCUGUUCUGAACGCUCCUGCAGUAGAUUCGUAGCUGGAGUCUGUUUCCUAGCUGGACACAUUUCUAUGCAUUCUCACCCCGGCACUCUUGCGACGCUGAAUCACACUGGGCGACCGCAUCUUACAGUUACUACGGACCUUCGGCGUGUACAGACGAUGACGUUUCGUCUUUCCUGUUGAUUCCCGCUCUUAUUUUAGUGUUUAAGUUCCUCCUUUCGCCGUCGUCACAUUCUCCAGCCUUUAAACCGGACUGUACUGCUGAUGAUGACCUCUGACCUUUCUCUCUCUCUGUGUCCUGUACAUAGCGGCUGCCUGUGACUCCAUUACUUCCCCAUUAAUGUACAGAUUGCUGCAGGUUCUGUUUACUUUCUGCCCAGCCAAUCAGCACACUCCUUUUUAAGAAUUGAAAACACACUCGGCAUUAUUCACAUCCUGUACACGAGCGCAUUGUGAUCACAAACACUGCUUUUGUCUCCACAUAGCCAUGUCCUGUAUGUUCCUUCAUGUGAUUGUUAUUUAUAUAUAGAAACACAUGCUCGUCAUUUUACCUAACAAUAAACUAUACCAUGAAAACAAGA